AUGCCAGACCUGACGAAUAUUGCUCAGAAAAGUAACAGCGUGAGCGUUUGUGCUAAUCCCAGUAAAACUAUCGAUUGCAGUCAAGAUCCAUUAAUUGGAAAAAUAGCUGAUUCCUGUUACACAGCCCGUUUAACAGCCAGUAUCAAUCCCGCAUCAUUAAACGCGUCACUUCCCAAAAGCGACAUCGAAGUCUAUGUCCUCAGCUGUUCCGUAAUGUCAAUGUGUAGCACGCUUAAGACACAAACUUGCCAAUACGUGCAGACAGCCUUACAAGGUAUUCCUAUGUUGCAACUAAAAAGUUGUGACGUCACAUGCUGCGAGGGAGACCUCUGCAAUGAUCCAUCCCCAUCAUCAACUGUGCCGAGCAGUGUUCCACCAGCAACAGCUCUGUUUGGAAUUCUGGUUUUGAUGGCUUUCACUGUUGUGAACGUCCAGAGAAGUGGGCAUUGUCUCAUGGAAUAG